AUACGCAUGCGAACACCGGAGGGGCCGCAGCGAAUGCACACGCAGAAACGGCCCCCGGGGACCCCACGCGGUCUUCUUGUUUGGCCAGAGCUGCUUGCUCCGUGGAGCCGACGUGCCCUUUCGCUACUGCAUCGUGCCCCGAGCCUCAAGACCCCUAAAGACACCCUCUGUUGCUAAUAACAGAGGUCUAGGUUGGGAGUCAGGAGAGUGGGUUCUAGUUUAUAGGUUGUGUAAACCUGUGCAGGUCCCCUACCGGCUGUAUGCCUUGAACUUUCUUUUCCUGGGUCACCACUUGUAAAAUGGGCUUCUUGGUCCUGUUGCCUGCACACUUCGUGGGACAUGAGGGGAAAGGGGUCUGGACCUGGGAUGCUCUUAUCUAGAAAGUAGAUGAGUUCAGACAGGCCCUUGUAGGAGGGCCCAUAAAGAGCAUCUCCUCCUAUUCCUCCUCCCCACUCUUCACCAAUUUGCAUGUGGGGUGGCUGAGGCCCAGGGGGAAGAUAGCUUGCCCAGGGACACACCAGGAACCUGAGAGAAGCAGAAGGAACCCAAGUCUCCUUACUUCUAGUGCACGGCUCUCUCCACUUCACCUAUAAAGGUGCAUUAUAAAUGUGUAAGUUCCUCAUUAUCUCCUAGCAUCCAUCCACUUUGCUGGUUCCAAAUGGAAGAGAUCUCUGCUUGAGACAUAGAAAUGGCUUUCAGAUUUUCUCGACUCCUUAAGAUGAUAACCAGCAACCUUCUUCAUCCCUCACUCACUCCACACAUCUCAAAACACAUUUCUCUCCAUAAACUGAAUGGGUGGGUGCUCCAGAUACCUACCAAGAGAGAGCUCCCAAAGUCAAUACUGAGACCUGAGAUGUGUCCAGAGACACCCUGAAGAGGCUGAGGGACUGAGGAGCCCGGGGGCACCCACAGGAAGAUUCCUGAAGCUGACUUGGAGCCACAGAGGAUCUACCUGUUAUUUGAGCAUCCUCCAGUUCUUUGCCCAUUUGGAUCCCUGUUGCUAUGGAGACCACCAACGGGACCGAGACCUGGUACGAGAGCCUGCACGCAGUGCUGAAGGCUCUAAAUGCCACUAUUCACAGCAACUUGCUCUGCCGGACAGGGCCAGACAGCCUGCCUGAGGGGCGGAGGGUCAACCUACCUGGCCGUGAUGACAACUCCUACAUGUACAUUCUCUUCGUCAUGUUUCUAUUCGCUGCCACCGUGGGCAGCCUCAUCCUGGGAUAUACCCGCUCCCGCAAAGUGGACAAGCGCAGUGACCCCUACCACGUGUACAUCAAGAACCGUGUGUCUAUGAUCUGAGGCUAGCGGGCCGGGAAGGGCAGCAUGUCAAGACAUCAGGC